UUAAGAUUUUGGCGAUCAUGCAUUUUAAAAAAUCUCGACUAGUUUAUUUAUUAUUGACAGUUAUUAUAAUCCUUCUUCACAGUGCAGAAGCCGAUUUAUUAGGCGAUCUGUUAGGGACCUUGAAUCCACAUGAUCCUCCACCUCCAUCUUAUCGACCUUCACCCCAAAUAGACUGGCCAUCUUCCCCUUCCACAUCGUCUUCAAAAUUGCAUCACCAAGAAUUCAGUACUUCUCUCAAUAUUCCAUCGCCCUCUUCAUCUUCUUCUGCUCUCACUACUGCCGUUCCCAAGGACUCUCCAGGAUCGUCCUCUGCUGCCACUACCACCAGCACCCCAAGUAAGCCACCUUCCAAUGAAAACAAAGUGGAAAGUGCCACCAGCGUAAGUCACUCGUCUGUCGCAUCUGGAUCCGCAGCGUCAACACCCACCAAAUCAACAAGCACUACCACCACGAUCACACCUAAACCUAACCCCGCAUUAACUCAAGGGGAUCGAUCGGCCCAAAAACCGCUCGGUGCCGGUGUUCUAAGCAACACUGGCAACCUUUCGCCAUCAGCGACGGAACUUGCCAAACCAAACGAGAAAAAGACGGAAGAAAAAUCGAGCUACACAGCCGCAAUUCUUGGAUCCGUGUGUGGUUCGAUUGCUUUGAUUAGUGCCACUCUAGGCUAUGCUUAUCACCGAAAAAUGAGACGUAAUCGUAUGAAUGCCGAUCAAGCGCGUUAUCGAUUCAGCGACCAUCGCCUAUCGUCGUCGGCUCUCGCGUACGAUAACGCUUCUGGUUUGACACCUUCCAUUGCUGAUAACUUUGGCCAUUCAGGAGGAUAUCCUUACGAUAGUAAUCAGAAAUAUAUGCGUCCCUUGUCCCGUCAUGACACAUUGCAUUAUCAGCAUCCUUAUACGACGGCCUCCACCGUGCCUCAAUAUAGCGUGGGCCACACCGCGGGAUGGCCAGCCACCGAUACUUCCACUGCCACCAUGUACACAUCGGAUCUGUAUCCAUCCAUGAGCCAACCUUACACAGCCCCUGUGAGUAACUACUAUGAAGCCAUGGACAAUCCUCCAACUUUAUAUCAUGAUGUCACAAGAAGUAUGACACGGUCAUCGAACACGGGAUCGGUGGCUGCGCGUCCCAUUUAUUCACCUCCCAACACAUACAACGAGAAAGAUCUAAAUUUUCCUGCACACAAGUAAAUUUAUACACAUACA